UACCGGCAUUAUUAUUGAUUGCACCGUCCUUCACAAUGAGGAUACCGGCUUCUGGUUGCAGAGGACAUUUUGUCAAUAUUGACCCAUGAGGAAAUUGUGCACCAACUUCAGUUGCGGAGGACACUUUGUCAAUAUUGACCCAUGAGGAAAUUGUGCACCGACUUCUGGUUCCUUCUGAAUCCCAUCUUUGAGAUGUCAACCAUGGUGAUGAUUAAAGUGGGACCGUUCUGAGCGAGCUAACUCAACCAUGUUGUCAAGAUGUGUCGUUGCACGCUUCUCUCUGAAGUGGAGGUGUUACUUGGAAUCCAGUGUUGACCUGAAUUGUUGGUCUUCCCAUCCAAGACGAUGGUUUUUAGUAAAUGCGGUCCAGAGGAGAGCUCAUACCCCGACGAGAGCUCCCUCGUCCAGAAUCCCCCGGAAGCCGGCGUUUGCUCGAGCUCCAGCAUUUGGAGAGCGAACGGCCGUGAUCGACUCGAGUGGCAGCCAUAGCUACAAGCAGCUGUACGCUAGCAGCCUGGGCCUUGCGGGAAGAAUCAACGCCGCGCUACACUCUGACUCGGGAUGCCUGGAAGGUCGACCCAUCUCCUUCCUGUGUGCGAAUGAUGCUUCCUAUACGGUGGCCCAGUGGGCCAUUUGGAUGAGCGGCGGGACGGCGGUUCCGCUCUACAAAAAACACCCGGCAUCAGAACUCGAGUACAUCGUAAGAGACUCCCAUAGUGCUCUGUUGGUGGCCGGGCAGCCCUUUGCUGAAAUCUCGGAAGCCCUGGCACAGAGACUGUCGCUGCCUUACCUCCCACUUCCCCCCACUUCCAAACUCGACACUUUAAACAGCGACGACGGCCAAGAUGCGGACGCGGCCAGCACGGACUGGACCGAGCGGCCGGCCAUGAUCAUCUACACUAGCGGUACGACCGGGAGGCCCAAGGGCGUUCUUCACACGCACGGCAGCAUUCAAGCCAUGGUGCGGUGUCUGGUGUCGGAGUGGGCGUGGUCCCGCGAUGACGUCAUCCUCCACACGCUGCCGCUCCACCACGUGCACGGCAUCGUAAACAAGCUGCUGUGCCCUCUUUGGGUCGGCGCCACUUGCGUCAUGCUGCCUGAUUUCCAUCCCCAAAAGGUAUGGGAGAUGCUGCUGAGCUCCAAAGCUCCAGCCGUUACGGUUUUCAUGGCCGUGCCAACCAUCUACUCCAAACUCAUCCACUAUUACGACCAGCACUUGACCCAGCCCCACGUCAAGGACUUUGUCAGAGCAGUGUGCAAAGAAAAAAUCAGACUGAUGGUCUCCGGCUCUGCUGCUCUCCCGCUGCCCACUCUGCAACGCUGGCAGGAAAUCACGGGGCACACGCUGCUGGAGCGCUACGGCAUGACGGAGAUCGGCAUGGCGCUGUCCAAUCCUCUGAAGGGCCCGCGCGUCCCAGGAGCUGUCGGCUUGCCGCUGCCUGGCGUGGAAGUGCGCAUUGUCUUGGAAAACAUGAACAACACCAUCAUUGUGGAGGGAAACCACAGGGAGAACCAGGUAGGUGGCAACUCCUCAAUAAAGACAUUCGUGACCUCUAAACGACCUCUCUCGCAGCUACGGCCAGGUCUGGAAGGGAAGGAAGGGGAACUGCUCGUCCGAGGUCCGUGUGUCUUUAAGGAGUAUUGGAACAAACCUCAAGACACCAUCGCCUCUUUUGCAGAUGACGGCUGGUUCAAAACAGGCGACACGGCGGUAUUCAAAGAUGGCGUCUAUUGGAUCAUGGGCCGCACCAGCGUGGACAUCAUCAAGAGCGGCGGCUACAAGAUCAGCGCCCUCGAAGUGGAGCGCCACCUGCUGGCUCAUCCAGACAUCAUGGACGUGGCUGUGUUGGGCGCACCGGACGAUACGUGGGGGCAAAAGGUCACCGCCGUGGUUCAGCUGAAGGAAGGUCACAAUCUGACCUUGCCGGAUUUGAAGACGUGGGCAAGACAGCGCAUGGCGUCCUGCGCCGUCCCCACCGGCCUGCUUGUGGUGGAGCAGAUACCGAGGAACCAAAUGGGCAAGGUCAACAAGAAGGACCUCCUCAAACACUUCUUCCCGUAAAUUCAGAACUCCAUUUUAGAGCACGUGUGAACAUCUUCCAAAAAGAAUCUGGUUGUGAUUUUUUUUUUUCCUCUCGAAAUAAAGUGUUGAAACUCGAAA